UCGCCGCCGGCACUUACGUUUUCUUACGCGAGAGCAUAUUCUUGCUCUUUUGAUUCUCUCUGUUUUGCUCAUUUCGAAAUUGUUGACGUGUUUGCCCAUUCCAAUUUUUAUACGUGUCAAACUUCACUUUUCACCCCAAGCCGGCGAUUUUCAUCGGAAGCACCAGCUCAGCUCAGCUCAGGAUUGGAUCGGACAACACCAUGGCGGAGGAAGUGUUUGGAACCGUGAAGGAGGUGCUCAAGGGCGUCUUCGAGAAUGUGAACGCCGCACCGAAGAACGAGUCGGCGCCCGGGGAGAAGAAGACGCCAUCCACGCCCGAGGGCAUGGCGGUUGCCUACAGCAGCCUGGUGGUGAUGGCCAUGCUGCCCAUCAUCUUCGGCUCCAUCCGCUCCGUGAAGCUGCACAAGCUGAAGAAGUCCACGGGCGAGAAGGCCGACACGAUGACCAAGAAGGACGCCAUGUACUUCCCGCUGAUCGCCUCGGCGGCCCUCUUCGGGCUCUACCUGUUCUUCAAGAUCUUCCAGAAGGUGCACAUCAACUACCUGCUCACCGGGUACUUCUUCGUGCUGGGUGUGAUUGCGCUGGCGCACCUGCUCAGCCCGGUGAUCAACUCGCUGAUGCCCGCCGCCGUGCCCAAGGUGCCCUUCCACAUCCUGUUCACCAAGGGCGAGGGCAAGCACAAGGAGGACAUCGUGAACUACAAGUUCUCCACGCACGACAUCGUCUGCCUGGUGAUCUCCUCGGCGAUCGGGGUGUGGUACCUGCUCAAGAAGCACUGGAUCGCCAACAACCUGUUCGGACUGGCCUUCGCCAUCAACGGCGUGGAGAUGCUGCACUUGAACAACUUCGUGACGGGCGUCAUCCUGUUGAGCGGGCUGUUUUUCUACGACAUUUUCUGGGUGUUCGGCACCAACGUGAUGGUCACCGUGGCCAAGAGCUUCGAGGCCCCCAUCAAGCUAGUUUUCCCCCAGGACCUGAUCGAGAACGGCCUGAACGCUUCCAACUUCGCCAUGCUGGGACUGGGCGACAUCGUCAUUCCGGGCAUCUUCAUUGCUCUGCUGCUGCGCUUCGACGACAGCAAGAAGCGCAAGACGCGCAUCUACUUCUACUCCACGCUGAUCGCCUACUUCCUGGGCCUGCUGGCCACCAUCUUCGUGAUGCACGUGUUCAAGCACGCGCAGCCGGCCCUGCUCUACCUGGUGCCAGCCUGCAUGGGCACCCCGCUCCUGGUGGCCCUCGUCCGCGGCGAGCUGAAGGUCCUCUUUGCCUAUGAAGACCAUCCCGAGGAGAAGCCCGAAAAGAAGGAGAAGAAGGAAAAAGACGAGAGCACCAGCUCGUCCAGCAGCAAAAAGAAGGAGUCCAAGAAGGGCAAGUAGGUGGCCAGGACCCAGAACUCUCCGCGAACAACAUCUCCAUUCGUUCCAUCGUAAAGUCUUCUGCAGCUAGCCAAGCUUCCUUUUUGUUAUCGCUUCACUAUCAAUCACGGUCCGUAACUUUUACGGCACACACCGCUACAAAAGACGAAUCACUUAAGGCGUUAGUUUCGUUCCUUGGCCAGGCACAACAACCUUAUUUAGUUCGAUUAGUUUACAAUUGUAGAAAAUUAUUUGUCUACUUUUUUACAGAAUCAAAUUUAAACGUAGAAUUCAACUAAUUUAUGAGGCUCCCCGCGAGGGAGGCGUCUAUUUAAGACAACAGUUUAGAUACGAAUAUAUUCCAAUUUUUGUACAACAGUGAGCGUCCUCUAAGUAAAUCUAUUUAAAGAUCUCGGAUUUGAUAGGGAACCACUUGAUAUGGACUGCUAGCACUGCAUUUCAUGAAAACUAAUGCAAUAGUUUAUGUAUACAGUUCAAAUGCGAAUAAAUUCUAGUUUUCGUAUCAGAA